AUGAAGUUCCAUUUGGCUAUCAGUGCUUUGCUCGUGUUGGCAGUCUCUCCUGCCACCGCCCAAGCAAACAGAGCCCGCCGUCUUGAACAAGGCAAGGGUUUCUCUUCAAGUUCGAGUGGCAAAGGAGGUGGCAAAGGAAGUGGCAAGGGAUCUUCUUCUGGUAAGGGAUCCUCUUCUGGUAAGGGAUCCUCUUCUUCUGGUAAGGGAUCCUCUUCUUCUGGAAAGGGAUCCUCUUCUUCCGGCAAGGGCGGUGGCAAAGGUGCAAAAAGUCCCGUAACCACCCCAUCCGCUCCCACCCCACCCGCAAGCAUGCCAACCGCGCAAUCGGCUCCCACCCCAACCGCAAGCAUGCCAACCGCACCAUCGGCACCCACGGGUCCCGACCGUUGCGAGAAUGUCUCUUGUACCAACCCACUCGAAGGCUGUGAUCCAUUCGAUGGAGUGUGUAAGAAUCUCGAUGAACUUGUGCCGUGUGUGGCUGUCAUUGAUGAGGCGGAUCGUAAUUCGGCUGCCGACUUCAUUACCAAAUGGGAUGCAUUCCGUGCACGCUUUCCAAGCAGACCAUUUUGCUUGUUGCAACCCGUCCCACCGGGAAAUAGUGCCACACUCUUUCUACCACCUGCCUUUAUUACAGGUGAUCCAUUGGUCCGAUACAGUGAGGUCACUAGGGACGGAGAAAACCCCGCGGCAACCAUCUCUGAUUGGUACACCAUUUGUGACAUUAACAAUCUCAAGUCUUCGAGUAUUGAGUUUGUUGGUCUCUUUGUGGACAACUCGGGAAGUAUGACAACCGCAACAGUCAGAGGAGCAUAUGACAAGUUCUUGGCUGACUUGACAGCGAAUGGACUCACCUUCAAAACCGUAGAGAAUACGAGGGAAGAUUGGAUCUUGCCUUUUGAAGUGUCUCUUGUCUAG